GACCUCGCAUCUCCUCUCUCUCGCCCCUUUGCCUGUCCCAGCCUCUUGCAGCCCUGGGGCUGAGUCGCAGAUGAGGCCACAGUCCCCCACAACUUGUACCUGCGUUCAAUGGUCUCUGCUCAAAAUCAGCUUGCGGAGGAUUCAAGGAAACGAACUUCAAACUUUGUGAGUUCCACUGACGGAUGAGCAAGCUGCACUUUUGUCUGCAGACGUAACUUUCUUCCUGGGCUGAGGAGUGCGGGCUGAGCCACACAGCGAGGAAGGCAUGUGAGGUUGUUUACACAUGACUUGCUCCUGGCCUCCCGGCGCAGUACGUUUGCUCUCCAUCUAAAUCGGACCAGUUCCUGGGGGAGGACAGCAGGAACUGCACUGUCUAAAGGACACCAACAAUGUCUAAACAACUCGCCGUGCAUUCCCAACUUCAGCAUAGCCAGCCUGAAUCCACCGAUACUUGUGCUUUCUGAUUCCUCGCUGGUGUUCCCGGAACUCCAACUGGAUCUCACUUCUGUGAGGACGAUACUGUUCCUUCCCCAGUUCAGUCGCACCAAGACUCCACCAUUCUGCCUCCUGCUAACCGUCUGCAGAGGAGACUGGGCACAAGCAAAGGAGAGACUGACGGCCAGGCAGCAACGAGGGAAGGAGCAGGUGAGAGAGGGGACCGAGAGCAUCGGGCUGGUUAGAUGCCAAGCAGUGCAGAGAUGUCCAGUGCUGCCACUGAGUGGGGAGACUCCCAGGAUGACAACAAACCCUACAGCCACAAUGGCACUGAUGAGUCCCUGGAGAGUCCUGCACCAUCCUCCUCGCAGACUGGGGGCAGUGACCUGGAGCUGGCUGAUCAGGACAGGCAGUGUAUGCAGGUUGACUGUGUGGUGUGUGGGGACAGGGCCAGCGGAAAACAUUACGGCCAGUUUACGUGUGAGGGAUGCAAGAGCUUCUUCAAGAGGAGCAUCCGCCGGAACCUCUCAUACAUCUGCCGCUCGAGCAGGGACUGCCAAAUAGACCAGUUCCAUCGGAACCAGUGCCAGUACUGUAGGCUGAGGAAGUGCUUCAAGGUUGGCAUGAAACGUGAAGCUGUCCAGCGAGGACGGAUUCCUGCAGCUCAGUCCAACCCUGGGGAGCUCUCACUGUCACCCGGAGACCAGCUCAAAGGAAACAACAUCUCAGGCCUCAUCUCCCUGCUGCUGCGAGCUGAGCCCUACCCCACUUCACGCUUCAGUACCCAGUGUACUCAGUACAACCUGCUGAGUAUUGAUAACAUCUGCGAGCUGGCCGCACGCUUGCUCUUCAGUGCCGUCGAGUGGGCUCGCAACAUCCCUUUCUUCCACGAGCUCCAGGUCUCGGAUCAGGUGGCCUUGCUGAGGCUCAGCUGGAGUGAGCUCUUCGUACUGAAUGCUGCCCAAUCCUCACUGCCCCUCCAUAUGGCUCCUCUGCUGGCAGCCGCUGGCCUCCACUCCACACAGAUGUCUGCCGACAGGGUGGUGACCUUCAUGGACCAGAUACGUGCCUUUCAGGAUCAAGUGGAGAAGCUCAAGGUCUUGCAGGUUGACUCUGCUGAGUACAGCUGCCUGAAGGCCAUCGCCCUCUACACUCCAGAUGCCUCAGGUCUCUCUGAACCAGCCCACAUCGAGAGCCUACAGGAGAGGGUUCAGGAAUGUCUGGCUGAGUACGUGCGCUGCCAGUAUCCACCACAGCCUCAACGUUUUGGCAAACUGCUCCUCCGGCUGCCUGCCCUCCGUGCUGUACCAGCUUCCCUCAUUGGACAACUCUUCUUCAUGAGGCUGGUGGGGAAGACGCCCAUCGAGACGCUUAUCAGAGACAUGCUGCUGUCUGGUGGCUCUUUCAAUUGGCCUUAUUUACCCACUCAAUGAAAGGCCAGGAUAGCCACGGGCUCCCACCCACUUCAGCGCCCUCACCGGCAAUGCCACGAACAUUACUGGAAAUGAUUUGUGGGAUUGUUAAGAACCGAAUGGGCUAAAGUAUUUCAAUUAGUGCAGAUAUGUGUUUUUCCUUUGCUUAAAGAGAUUUGAGCUGUAAUUUAAGAACAUCUGGCCAGAUGAUAAUGGCCUGUCCACUCAUCCAAUAAGAGUUGGUGAUGCUGAGAGCUGGGGUAAGGGACCAAUCAACCUGUGCUCCUGUUUGACCCCUGACCCUCCUUCCAUUCCUACCCAUACCCCACCAACAUCCCUCUCCCACCAGUUCAUGUUCGGACCCCAUCCUUCUCCCACUCCUCCCCUAAUCUUGUUCCGACUCCCAACCCUCUCCUAUUCCCUCUCCUACCCCUGUUCUGACACCCAUCCCUCUCCCACUCCUCCCCUACCCGUUCCGACACCCAUCCCUCUCCCACUCCUCCCCUAAUCCUGUUCCAACUCCCAACCCUCUCUAACUUCUUCUCCUACCCCGUUCCAACCUCCAUCCCUCUCCCACUCCCUCCUCUACCCCUGUUCCAAUUCUGACUCACAUCACUCUCCCACUUCCUCCCCUACCUCUGUUCCAACACUCAUCACCUCCCACUUUCUCCCCUACCCCUGUUCCAGUUUCGACUCCCAUCACUUCCCACUCCCUCCCCUACCCCUAUUCCAACUUCCAUUCCUCUCCCACUCCCUUACCUGCCACUUAUGACUCCCAUCCCUCUCCCAUUCCCUCCCGUAACCCUGCUCUAAUUGUGAAUCAUAUCCCUCUCCCAUUCCCUUCCCUACUUCUGUUCCAGUUCUGACUCCCAUACGCUCCCAUUCCCUCCCCUAACCCUGCUCUAAUUGUGACUCAUAUCCCUCUCCCAUUCCCUUCCCUACCCCUAUUCCAGUUCUGACUCCCAUCCACUCCCAUUCCCUCCCCUGACCCUGCUGUAAUUCUGACUCCCAUCCGCUCCCAUUCCCUCCCCUACCCCUAUUCCAGUUCCGAUGCCUGUCUCUGCCCACUCCUGUGUGUUGAACUGGUUACCUGAACCUAGUGGGUAGAAAAUGGUUCUGUGGAUCCAGCACAUGUGAAUACCCAGCAGAAACUACUUGGCUGAUUCAGCAGUUCUCACAUGAUGAAUGAUGAGAGAGUGUGUGGCUUGAGGUCAGUGAAACCCAGGAAUACCUCGUAGCCUUGGAGAGAGAGAUAAAAAUCCAAAGGGAAAACUAGGGGAAACUUCAAUUGGAUUUAAGAAUUAAUAAAGGAUAAAACCCACCUUCUUCUGCGUCCACCGCCAGUUGUGCUGAAAUGGCCAACUUUAUGUUUAACUAGGACCAUUCCCUGCAGUUGGGUGGAGAUGGGGCCACCACAUCAAUCAUGCACAAGCUGUCCACCACUGUACAGCUCUGAUUUGGGAUGUUGUACCUUCUCCAAUGUUGUUACGCUGGGAAGUCUGAGCAAUCUUGAAAAGCACUUCACAAUCUCCCAAGAACAUGAUGUUACCACACAUAGGGUGAUCAGAAGAGCCAACAGGGCUCUCAGGGUGUAAUGAAAAUGAAGCAAGGAAAGAGGGAAGAAUAAUUGAAGAGGCAGCAUGAGCUCAUUCUGCUGGGACAAAUGCUUCCUUUGACAUUACCACUUUUACAGUGCUGGACUCUUCCUUAGCUCAGCACUGCAAGGCAAGAGUCACAUAAUCUGGUCUAGAUGUUGUCUAGUAAUACUACAUUCCUGCCGAUUGGAUCUUUGUGAUGUAUCUUUUAAUUGUGCAUUCUUGCUUGUGGUGUAGCUCUUGA